AUAAUCCACAUUUAAAAGAGAUAUGGGUCUAUAAUUCUUUGGUAAAGUGAGAUCUUGCUCUUAUUAAGCUUUCACUUUUCAGAGAACAGCAUGCCAUCUCACUAGGAACUUGGUUCAACUAUGGAAUUGCAUUUACAGUUCACUGGAAUUAAAUCUGCAUUCUUGGUCACUAGUGACUGCUAUCCCAAUUUUAUGUAAUAAUUUUUUUUGUUUUCAGCUAUGAAUCUAGAGGAAGAACAAAACUUUCUCACUAUGUUAGUUUUGUAUAUUAUCGGCAGUCUCGGCAAUGAAGGAAAAUAAAAGCAGUGCAAUUAUCUCAUAACUCUUAGAUGACCAAAAGAACUUGGACUGUAUUUCAGAAGGAAUUGUCUCCAAGAAUGAACUUCAAAGCUCACCCAAAAGCAAAUGUUUGCUUAUAAGGGCAGCUUCUUGGCAAACACGGAGGCUCAUAGUCCCUAAGGUUUUUGCAUCUUCACAGGCUAUAUAAUUUUUUAGGUUGUUUUUCUUCUGGCAUUAUUGAUUAAAUAGUCUUAUCUCUGCAGCAGAAAGUGAAGUUUCUCUAAUUCUGUGUUAAGGGAUAUUCACUAACCCUUCAAAGAUUGACAGGACUGAAUAAAUGACUGGUUACGGUUGGGACUAUUGUCAUAAUAAAAACAAGGGCUUUAUUCUGGGUGUGAGAUAAAGCAGGAAAGACAUUAGGGAAACCAUUCCUUUGAAUGUCUGAACCCAGUCCAUAGACUUGCUGUGGUGACAAAAUGUACUGGAAAAACCGUGAAAAAAGUGAAGUGCUUAUGCAGAUUCUCUGUCAUACAGUAAAAAAAAAAUUGUCCACCUGGUAAAGCAUUUUGUCUUCCUUUCUUUUCACAUUAGAUACAGUUAUCUCAGAAGGGUUAUACUGUAUAGUAUAAUGCAAAAUAAAAAGAUUUCAUAUUUCUAAGAACUGUUUUUAUUUUACAUAUAGCACUAGUCUUGGGAAUGUUCCAAGAUAGUUUUGACCAUUUGUGGUUUAUCCCUGAGUAGAAAAUCCCUUUCUUACUAUUUUUGUGAUUAAAAUAGGAUGUGUGUGCAUAUGUGUAUGUAUAUUCAUACAGUAACUAUUAAAAACUCUGUUCUUUUUAUUCAGGGUAAGCAACAACAACAUGAAACAGUAAAAAAAGAUAUAAAAUUAAAAUAAACCAACAAAAUUUAACACAUGAGAUAGGAGAAAAGAAAAAGAAAACAUCACCAGAGGGAUAUCAAUAUUGAACACAUGCACACCCCAUUGCUCUUCAUGGUUUGGUCAGUCAAAGAGUUCACAUAAUGCUUUGUAAGGUAGAAAAGACAUAUUUAGGUUACCUGCAUUAGUCCUACAUAUACCCCAUGUGGCAUUCUCUGUCUCAGGGUUGGCACAUUUUGACCAAUAGGACACAUUAUCCAGCUGUGUAAGCUGAUCUUAGCACAAAUAGCUUUGUCAGACAUAUAAGGAAGUAUCUGUUCAGGACAUAGUAAUUAGCGUCAUCAACACAAGUUGGUUGCACAUCUGUUAUUUUUCCCUUCCCACUUCUUGCUUUUGUUAUCCUUUUGUACCUAUGAAUCUGUUGGUGCAGCACCCUUAAUUUUCUUUCAUGCUCAGAUUAUUCGGUCUUUCAUCUUUUAUCUGGUGUAUUUAUAUCUGCUGUAUAGAUUGUUCUUCUCGUAAUCUUUUCUUCUUCAAUACUUUUCCAGCUGAGUGGUGUAAAUAGGCACAGGUCCAUUGCAGCAAACAGAAGCUCGGCCUGUAAAUCCUUACAGUAAAUCCUCCUCUCUCCAAGGAGGAAUCUCUUGCUGAGUCUGCUGCUCCAGAGUGAUGAUGAGAUUCUAAGAGGAAACUUGCCCAUCAGAAAUUCUGACCAAUCAGCGCAAUCUAGGGGAGGGUUUUAAGCAUACACUGAAAGUUGCCUGGAGGCUGGCAAAAGCAUCUCUUCAGUGCUCAGUUAGUUGCUGUUUCCAGCUCUUGCACAGCAGCUUCAGCAGCUAACCAUCACUGAAUCCAGGACAACCAGGGAGGCAGACAACUUUUUGGAGUGGGAGAGAGAUCAGAAAGAUCAACAUCAGUGUGAAAGAAUUGACAAAUCUCUUGCACGAAGAUGAUGGCAUGUACAGAGAUGCUGACAAUGUGUUUACUCUCUGCCAAACAUGCUUACCGCAUGAAAGCCACAGAGACCCCCCAGCACUAUGACAAGGGAUUAGCAAUUUUUCACGAUAUUUUUCGAAGAGCUGACAAGAAUGAUGACGGGAAGCUGUCAUUUGAAGAGUUUAAGAAUUGUUGUGCUGAUGGCAUCCUCAGCUCUGAGGAACUGUGGAAACUGUUCAGUGAUAUUGACAGGCAUCAUUCAGGCAAUUUAGAGACGGAGAAGUUGUGUGAUUAUUUCUCAGAACAUCUUGGAGAAUACAGACAUGUUUUGUCUGCUCUGGAGCAACUCAACACGGCUGUCUUAUCAGCUAUGGAUAAAACCAAAUUGGCAUAUGAGAGUUCCUCCAAGAUGGAACAGUUUGUGACUCGCUUCCUUCUGCGGGAGACAAUGAACCAGAUACAGUCGCUGCAAGUCUCCCUAGAGUGUGCUGCAGAUACUAUUGAAGAACAGAGUGGCCGAGAAAGGAAUAAUAUGAACAAAUCAGAAGCUUUAAAUGGUCAACACACUACAAAAAGAUGUGGCCGAAGAAUUCAGAAGAACAUCUGCUAUUCUCCUACAGAUCCAUAUUCUGGGAUGCUGACCACAGGUGUUUGUGUGGAAACUGAUAGCCAGUGGCCAUCUGAAAUUACCCAGCUACAACAACUCAUCGACAAACUGGAAUGUAAGAGCCCAAGGCUGGAGCCUUUGAAAUAUAAUAUGGUCUGCAAAGGAACAGAUUCCCACAUCUUGGUGGCUCAGAGACAGAUCUCAGUGGCAGAAAGUGGAUUAGUGGCAUUUUGCCAAAUUCUCCAAACCUACACAGAAACCACAGCUGGACAGAGCAGUUGCCUACAUGUGUCUGCCCACAAGCUGGCAAGUGAUACCUCCUUCAUCCUCUAUGAAUUAUGGAAAGAUAUAGUAUCUUGGAGAAGCCAUCUACAGUCAGAUAAUAGUAAGAAGUUCCAGCAUGCCAUUACUGAUUUUUUGGAUGCUCCAGAGCUCUUGACCACUAUGCUGUUCCCAGCUUCCUGGUGGAUUAUGAAUAAUAACUGAGAGCAACUCAUAAUAUCUCAACGCAACCAGCAUGUGAUGGAUCAAGCACCAUCUUUCCAAUACAGCCUUCCUUCUAGAGGUGCCCAUUGUUGUCCUACCCUCUGCAAUAUUAUUUUUUUUUUCCUGUGGAAUGCUUCCUUUCUUCUGUAGACAUAUAAACAAGAUGGCCUUGUCAUCUUUCCUGAACAUGACUUAUACCCACCUUUCAUUCUAACAUACAAUUUUCAUUCAGACCUGUAUUAUAGCCUUGCUUGCCCUUUUGCCUAUAAGAAGAGACUAUCCCUGAAGCAUGAUAGUAAUGCAACAAUUGAUUGUCCACAAGUGCUGAUGCACAAAGGGAAUAAAAUUAGAACAUUUGGGCACAGUGAAUGUAAAGGCUGAAGGAGGAAGUCUUCUACUGGGCAUGCAUCAGUAUGUGUUUUUUACAUCACAAGAAGAUAUAGCAGGAUCUACUUCCCAUGUCAUUGAAUUUCAUUUGAAAUGGAGCCAUCAGUUAAUAUAGUGCCUGGGUGAUCCUGUCUGGAAUUUGAAUUUUUCCAGAACUCUUACCAGAUUUGCAUUCUAGAAGCUAUAGUUGGUUUUGCACAAGUUUCAAAAUUCAGAAUUCAAUUUUGGAUUUAGAAAUGUGUAUGAAUAAGUUUCAGUAAUUAUGUCUGAAGGUACAUUCCCUAGUACAGUGUUAGACUGGAAGUUUGUAGUACAGAUGUGAAUUCUAAUCCAUUAUUUGAAAUCUUUUCCAUUUUUCAUUUUACCUUUAAAAGCAAUUCCUUUUGGUUCUGGUAUUUUUUGUGGGGGGUGUUUUGCAUAAUUUAAAAAGUUUUAAUUGGCAUACUGUUAAAAUCUUGGCUGCUUUUCUAUUUAACUUUCAAUGAUCUGUAAGUCUCCCAGAGUCUCACUGGGGAAAUGGGCAGCAAAUAAAUUUAAUAAAUAAAUAAAAACAAAAGCAAUUAUAAUGAACAAAAAUUUAGGCUGAAUGUAGGAAUGCUUUCAUUUUACAGUCUGGCAGAGCAGUGAGACUGAGCAUAUUAAGCAGAAUAGUGUUAUGUUACAUAUUUUUGUCUGCAUAAAUAUAUCAAAUAUUAGCUGAGAUAUAUAAAAUUGGAAAUUUAAAGAAAUAUAAUCUGGAAUAUAAAUUUAAAUGAAUAAACAGUUGGUAAGGAUUUCACAAGCAAGCAGCCUUGCACAGAUUUAAACUUUUUAAAUUUAUUCUCUUUUCUAAGAACUGUAGCUUUUUGAGAUGAAAGUUAUGAGUCUGCAACAUAUCCAGCACCUUCUUUAAAUUUUAAUUUAAAGGUCAAGUUGGGAAAGACAGAUUAAUUUUGUGGAAUGUGCUCAUGAUCUCAUGAUUCAGGCAAUCUCUGGCUGGCUGAUCUUUGGUAAUGUGCAGUCAAGCACCACCUGUACUAUUAUAAAUAGUUUAUUAUAUUUAUUUAUUAUAAAUAAAAUGGAGCUAAAAUAAGAAUUUUGCACACUACCUGGAAAAAAGGAAUUGCUUUCUCAGAAAUGGUAUUUAGAUGUUAUGCCAUUUGUAAAUGAUUUUAUAUUUUAUGAGUGUUUCUUCUGUAAGAAUGGGGAAAUUGUUCAUUUUAAAACAAAAUAAGUUGCAAUUCAAGGAUGUAAAACAGCUUUAUAAAAUUAAUAAAGGCCUGAUUAUUUAACAUUAUUUUUGUGUAUAUGUAAUUAGUAAUCAAAACAGUUGUAUCCUCUACUUUUCUUUUCUCAUAAUAAACAAUUCUGUACUCCUGCUAUAGCCUGACUAAAUUUAACUCUGUUCCUUCUGAUUAAUCUUCC